AUUUUUACAACUUUAACCAUUUUGAUCAUAUAUGUAUCACAAUUGUUAGCCUCUUAGUUGCCAAUAAUUAUCAGAGAAUUAAGCCACGCUCUUUUCUCUCUUUUAUAUAGUUAAAUCAACUAGUUUAAAUUAAGGUGCUCCUUUAUCAUUCUAAUAAAUGGAGAAUCAGUCCAUGUCCUUUCUUGGUUCAACAGGUUGUUACAACUCUAUGAAUGGAUGGAUCUCGGGAUUAAAGACCGAGAUUUCUAAUUCAACAGCAAGAGAUCAGCAAAACGUGUCCAACAUCAAAAACAGCCCUGUGGCUGUGGGAGUGGUUUCAUCAGAAACUCAUACUACCAAUAUUAUAUCAUCACUUAAGAAGAAAGGGGAUAAGAAAAUUAGGAAGCCAAGAUUUGCUUUCCAAACAAGAAGCCAGGUUGAUAUUCUUGAUGAUGGUUAUCGCUGGAGAAAAUAUGGACAAAAAGCUGUCAAGAACAACAACUACCCAAGAAGCUACUACAAAUGUACACAUCAAGGAUGCAAUGUGAAGAAGCAAGUACAACGCCUUUCCAAAGAUGGAGGAGUUGUGGUCACCACUUAUGAAGGCAUGCACACUCAUCCUAUUGACAAGCCUACUGACAAUUUUGAACAAAUCCUCCAUCAGAUGCAUAUUAUUCCUCCCCAUUAAUUAAUUAUUUCAAUUUUAUGCUUCCAAAUAAAAUAAAGGGGACAUAUAAAAUCUGUCGAGGUAGCUCAAACAAAUGUAUAGUAUUUACUAUUGAUUAAAACAUGAGUUCUGGAGAUAUAAUUUUCCUUACUCGUUACUACACAUUAUUUCAUGAAUAAUAUAAUGGUUGCUGUGAAAA